GUUUUCGACUGCGUCAGCGAGGUAGACUAGACAACUCGUUAAUGAAAGGUUUUGAAUGCAACACUGUGAGCUGCGGGACAUUUGUUGUGGUUUAGAACUCACAAAGGCAGCAGAAGUAGCAUUGCCGAAGCCAUGUCUUUUUCACGGGCACCUGUGAAACGAUUUAAUGAUGAAAUUGGUUGCGCCCCUGCUCCGGGCACAUACGACGUGAAGACUGGUGGAGCCAAGGCGGGUGCUGUUUCAUUCCAGAAAGCAGAACGCUUCAAGCCCGUCAAACCUGACGCUGCCGCUGCACUACAGUCACCGAGGAUGGAUGUUCCUGCCUCCCCAAUUCGUCGAACAAUGUCUGUCGACGGUUUGUCUGAGGCAGCAAGCGCCAAGAAAGAAAAGGCUGGUAUGUCCAUACAUAUGAAGCAACAGAAACUACUGGAGAAAGAGAUCCGGUCUCUGGUGCAGCAGAAAGGGGAGCAGGACCGCCAACUGCAUGCCCUGGAGGAAGAGGUGAAGAAGCUGGAGGCCAAACUGCUGGUGGCCACCAGAGAGAAAACGGGCCUGGCCGCCAACGUGGCCUCACUGGAGAGGCAGCAAGGAGAGCUGAAGAAGACCAACGAAUUCCUGAAGAACAAGUUUUCAGCUGACACAUCAAAGAAAAAGAUCAAUGCUCUCAGUAUGGAACUGAUGGAAGCAAGGAAUAAACUAGAUGCCAAAGAUAAGGAACUGAGUUUCCUUCAAAUAAGUCUGGAAGGCAAAGUCAAGAUUUUAGAGGCAGAUCUCUCAGCUUCCAGGGCCACACUCGCUGCCCUCAAGGAGAGAAAUGACGACCUGGAGGACCUUCACAAGGAGACAAAGUCACAUAACAAAGAGCUUGAAACAGAGAUGGACAAACUUCAUGGUGUGAUUCAGGAAUUGAGGGAGGAGAUCAAGGUUCUUCAGGAAUACCUGGAUACCGCCAAUGAGGACAUUCUGGACUUGCGCAGCAAGCUGAAGGCCUCCCAGAAGGCCUUGGAGCAGCUAGAGCAGCAGAAGGAGAACGGCAGCGACGAGCUGCAGUCCUCCCAGCAUGCCGUGCGGCAGCAGGAGCAGGAACUGGCUCGGCUCAGGGUGGUGCUGCGGCGCACGGAGGAGGAGCUGGAUCAGCGCGUGGCUCACCUCGGGGAGCGGUGCCUGGUGCUGGAGGACGAGAGAGCCAGGACCCAGGAGGAGGGCCUGCGGCGCGUACAGGAGCUGAAAACGGAGAUCGGCACCCUGGAGGAGAGCAGACGAGCAGAGCAGAGGGAGUUGGAGGAGCUGAAGGAGAGCCACAGCACUCUGGCCACCCAGCUGGGAGAGGAACAGGAGCGUAGCCGCUCGCUGAAGGCCACUCUGGAGCGGGAGUGGGACCUGGCGGCGGCGGAGCGACGUCGCCUGGAGGCCGAGCUGGAGGAGGCGCUGGACGAGCUCUCCACCCUGGAGGCGCAGGAGCUGCGGGGGGAGGAACAGCUACACAGCCUCCAGGGCUGCAACCAGGCGCUCCAGAGCGAGCUGGACCGCGCCAGUGAGCAGCUCCACAGGCUGUCCCAGUCGGAGGUUGAUCGGAGCGGUGCGGAGGAGCGUCUGUCUCAGCUGGAGGCUCAGCGGAGCGGUGCGGAGGAGCGUGUGCGUGCGCUGGAGCAGGAGGUGGCGCGGCUCAGCCAGGCGCUCCAGGAGGAGCAGCAGCGGCAGGGCUGCCUGCAGCAGACGCAGGAGAAGGCCAGGGAGGAGUACGCCCGAAUGCUCCUGGAGGCCCGCACACAGCUGGCGGAGAAAGAGGAAGAGCUGGAGUGUGCCCAGGAUGCCCACGGCCGUGCCCUCAGUGGCCUGCAGGGGGAGCUAGAACAGCAGCAGAGCGCGCUCGCAGAGCUGCAGAAGGAGAGGGAGGAGAGGAGCAAGGCUCUGGAACAGCUGGAGGAGGAGAGAAAGGGCAUCCUGGAGGAGCUAGAGAAGGAGAGAAAGGAAAAGAGAAGUUCCAUAGAACAGCUGGAGGAGGAGAGGGGCAAGGUGCUGGAACAGCUACAGGAAGAAAGGAAUAGUGCCUUGGAACUGCUGGAGAAGGAGAGGGGGGAGAGAAGUAGCACACUUAUCAGUCUAGAGAAGGAGAGAGAGGAGAGGAAAGCUGCCCUGGAACAGCUGCAGAAGGAGAGAGACGACCAGAGGAGGAGGGACUCUGCAGAGGGGCGCUUGGGCAAGGCCAGUCGUCUCGAGGCCAUGGUGGAGUCCCUGGAGGAGGGCUGUGCUGAGUUCCAGAAGAGGCUGGAGGAGUCGGAGGAGGACCGGAGGGUGCUGGAGGAGCAGAUGGAGAAGCUGCAGCAGGAGAGGCAAGAGAUGGAGACCAGGCUCACACAAGCCCUCCAACAGAGCUCAAAUGAUGCGGAGAUGGAGAAGUGGAGAAGCCUGUAUGAGGAGCUGUCUGCUAAAGUUCAGCCGUUCCAGGAGCAGCUGGAUAACUUUGCGGCGGAGAGGAGUGCGCUCCUGAGCGAGAAGGGGGCCACACAGGAGGAGCUCACCCGGUUAGCCGACGCCUACGCCCGCCUGAUGGGCCAUCAGAACCAGAAGCAGAAGAUCAAGCACGUGGUCAAACUCAAGGAGGAGAACUUUGACCUUAAAGAGGAGGUGUCUAAGCUCAGGUCCCAGGUCUCAAAGCAGAAGCGUGAGCUGGAGCAGCUGAGGCCGAGCCAGGCUCCACGUUUCGACCCCAGCAAGGCUUUCAAGCAUGACCACAAGGAGAACCAGCGCCCCCCCACCACCACCACCCUCAAAGCUGGUAAGCGCCCAUCAGCUGCAGCCCACUCCACACGGCCCAAGCAAAUGGCAACCAACAGCCAGCCCAAGCAUCUAAAGGCUACAGACCUGUAAUUUAAAGGCAGAGUGCAGAAAAAAACUGGACAGAGAAUUGAUGACGCCAAAAGCUUGUAUUUUGUUGUGGUUGCUCACACAAGCGGACAUGAUGGGAGAUUUUUUUACAUCUUACUUUGUUAGUGUGUUGUCACACUUCUGUCUUUUACUUGGCUAUGGCUAUGUACAUUACAUGUACUAUAUAUUACACAUGCAGUAUGCAUGUGCGUAAGGGCCUUGUCCUUUAAAAUACACGUCAGAGUUUUGGCACGCCCCAAAUGUGAGCUCUUUUAUUAAACUAUAAAAGCCUUGUUAAUGUUAGAAUCGAUGAUGUGACCAUUUUUAUAGCAUUAAUGAGACACUGGUUUGAAAUAAAACUAUCUUUUUACAUACA